AAAAUUGAACUCCUUUUAUAAAGACCGACACAGACAGCAACUUCUUAGGAUAAUUGAAGAUGCAGGAACAGGCUAAAUCUGAGGAGAAGAAAAUUGGUAUGACAGAAACAUGGUUAAGGAAACACCGUCUUAUCUACGACGCUGCUACCAGACAUCCUUUUAUUCUUAGCAUUCGUGAUGCCACCGUCCAAUCUCAUUCCUUCAAAACAUGGCUUGCACAGGAUUACUUGUUUGUUAGAGCGUUUGUCCCAUUUGUUGCGAGUGUGCUGAUAAAAGCUUGUAAGGAAUCAUCAGAUGAAAGUGAUGACGUGGAAAUCAUAUUGGGGGGUAUGGCUUCUCUUCAGGAUGAGAUAUCAUGGUUUAAGAGAGAAGCCAACAAAUUGGAUAUUUCACUCUCAGAAGUUCUUCCUCAAAAGCCAAACCAAAAAUAUUGUGGAUUGCUAGAAAGUUUGAUGAGUGAAGAUGUGGAAUACAGUGUGGCUAUUACAGCAUUUUGGGCAAUUGAAGCUGUGUAUCAAGAGAGUUUUGCUCACUGUAUUGAAGAAGGCUCUAAAACCCCACCACAACUGAAGGAGACUUGUGCAAGAUGGGGAAAUCAGGAUUUUGGUCACUACUGCCAAUCUAUUAAAAACAUUGUCAAUCGCCGCUUGCAAAUGGCUUCUGAUGAUGAACUCAAAAAAGCUGAACUUGUGUUUCUCAGUGUUCUUCAACUUGAAGUUGAGUUUUGGAAUAUGAGCUCUGGAAAUGUUUGAUUUUCUUCAAAAGAAACCUUUGAUGUAGUCCUAUGCAUGUACUAAAAUAAUGAAACUUUGUUUGCUCUUCGUGUUAGAAAAUAACUAAGGAACAAGAUCUCAUAAUAGCUUCUACUCUUCUACAGCAAGAUGCAGAGGGAUAAUUUAUGUAACGAGUUUCAUCAAAUAAGCAUACAGAAAAACUCUCACAAAAUUUACUUGUUGAA